AUGGAAGACACACCGACUCCACAUACAACAACGAGAAUCGCUUACAUACGCACCAUCAUUGACAAAGACAAAGAAGUAGAAUACUACGAGGGCUGUUGGUUCAAUCUCAAGAUGCUUCUAUGGUCAUGGGUUGGCCAGAAAGUUCACAACGACCCCGCUGGAACUGGCUCUCCACGACUUCGCACCUCACCUCCACCUGGUAUACGACACCACUACAUCAUCGGCCAUUCCAAUCCUGUUGACGCUUUUGUGCUCGAAUGGCUCCUAGAGAACUCCAAGCCCGAUAGUUGGAGGAUGUCUCGCGACGAUUUUGAAGUUUACCUUUCUGAGGCGCAGAUGAAGGACCCAGCAAACAAGGAACUUCUUCAAAAGCUUGAACAAGAGCGCGUAAAGGUCACGGUAGUCGACUCGUUCAUGCCGACCAAAUUUGAUACACAAGAUUUGUGUGACGGAGUGAUGCUCACUCAAAGCGAUUACGUUCUCGAAACAUAUCUAGAAAGAGGUACGAGCUGUUGGAUAACAUCAAAUGUGCUCUAUCGCGACUCUCUUCGCCAUGGCCAUCCCCAACGCUACAACACUGAAGAGCUCUCACAGCGAUACUAUGAGAACAGACUCAAAAACAAGAUGGGUCAUACCAGGUCAUCAUGUUCAUAUCCCCAUGGCAAAUCCGACGCUUGGAAAAUCGAUCACGCAGAAGAUUGGAAGAACUACAAGUGCGAAUCUUGCGGGCAGAGAUGUAAGCGCAGUAAAGGGUGUAAAGUGACGGGCGAAGAUUGGGCCAAGGGGAAGGAUGUGAUAGCGUGGGAUGAAGGAGUUGAUACAUCGGCGCCGAGACCGCCUGAGUUUGAAAGGGAUUGGAGAAUCUUGACGGCGGAAGACAUAUGUAACUAUUGGAGCACCGAUCCAGUAUCGUGUGAGAGAUUUAGAAAGUGGAAGUGGAGGUCUGUUGACACGUUCACAGGCGAAUAA